CAGCCAGGCGCACGCUGUGCGGUCCCCCAGUGCCUGCUCACCGCCAUGGAAGUCAGGACGUUCUGGGUGCUGGCUGUGGCCCUGGCCAUGGGCUCCUACAGUGCAGCCAGGGACUAUGUCGGCCUGUCGGCGAACCAGUGCGCCGUCCCCGCCAAGGACAGGGUGGACUGCGGCUACCCCGAAGUCACCCCCGAGCAGUGCAACAACAGAGGCUGCUGCUUCGACUCCAGCAUCCCUGAGGUGCCCUGGUGCUUCAAGCCACUCCAGGAGACCGAGUGCACGUUCUGAAGGGGGCCCUGCUGCCCAGAUGUGAGCCCCCCCACUCUCUGGCCCACUCUCCGUGGGGGCUGCCGUGGCUGCCCCACUGCCACCCUGCUGCCCCUGGCAGGGGUCUCCGCUGAGCCUUUCCAGUCAAC